CGACCGGGCCGCCACCGGCCAAACGGCCGCGGCCCGACGAGCCCGAGUAUGAACCGGUGGCGUCGCAGGUGGUGCGCAAGGCCACCACGGCCUUCCAGUACUACUGCCGGGACAUGCGGCGCAAGUAUCUGUCUCUGGACCCGGACAUGGACAUCGGCGAGCUCAGCUCGAGCCUGGCCGACGGCUGGAAGGCGGCCCUGCCGUCCGUCCGGCGGCAGUUCGAGGAGAUGGCGGAGCAGGACGACCAUCGGUACCGGGAGGACGUUAGGAAAGCGAAGUUGUCCAGCUUGAUCCAGACGCCGCAAAAGACCAUCACGGACUUCUGGGGCGUGCACACGCAGCUGCGGCGAAUGGUGGCGCCACUCACCCCUGAGGCGCGCGCCCGCCGGCCCCGCAGGAACACCGCUCACCUGUCCUUGCGGGGACUCAAGGAGAAGGUUGAGGCGCUGGAGGCGGGGGCGGGUGCCGCGGUUCCAUCUCCAUCAGCACUGCAGGUGGUGGGUCCCCUGGAGUCGCAUCAGGCGUGGGUGGUGCUCCAGCCGCCGCAGCUCCUGCUCGUCAAUCCGCUCCGUCUCUCCGAGACCUCCACGCUCGCUCGACUGCUGGCCACCUACCACUUUCCCCGCCGCCCGCUGGCCGACGCGCUGGUGCUCACCGGCGCCACGCUCGGUGCCGCCCGCUUCUCCACCCUCUCCCAGCUGCCGAGAGAUGGCAGUCGCGUCACCGACGAGCGCCUGCUCGCAAACGGCUUCUGCGUGGAGAUGGCGGGCGAGGCGGCGCGCGUCACCGCCAUGCUGGACAGCAUCAGCUGCUACGGCGUCGGCGACCUGGUUGAGGUGCUGACCAAGAUCGCCGCCGGCGCCACCACCCUGACCCAGAGCCGGCCAGCGCGGGCAGUCAGCUGGUUGCAGGCCGAGGCGGUGCGGAUCUCACAGGGCGACGGAGCGCGCAUGUCCGCCGAGGAGGUAGCGACGCUCAUCGCGGACGCGGAUGACCUCGGCGCCGCCUGCUUCCACGGCCGGCCGCUGGCGGCGCCACUGUACCGUCUGGAGACGUGACCGACGCACCACGUCCCCCCGGCAGAUGCCAGCCACGACGGGUCGAUCAAACGUUGCGACGCAGUAUUCUCAAGAUCACUUUGUGUUUACGAAAUGUCUAACUGUACACCGUUUCUACGUUAUAAACUGUGUGCUCGUAUUGAGGCCUCGUGCUGCGGCUCGUCUGCGAGCGGGGGGCAGCCGAUGCGGGUCCGAUAGGA